AAUAAACGCCACUCUUUCUGGUUUCCGCCGUCGCCGUUUCUCCAACGUGAGGACUUCGUGGCCGCGGCGAGUAAUAAUCGGGUUUAUUUGAGAAGACCGGCAGCAGGAGGAGCACCUGGCGCUGCGUUUAGCGGAGAUGGCGUACAGAGGACAGGGGCAGAAGGUGCAGAAGGUGAUGGUGCAGCCCAUCAAUCUUAUUUUCAGGUAUCUACAGAAUCGCUCCCGUAUCCAGGUCUGGCUUUAUGAACAGGUCAACAUGCGGCUAGAAGGCUGCAUUAUCGGUUUUGAUGAGUACAUGAACUUGGUUCUGGAUGAUGCAGAGGAAGUCCACAUGAAGACGAAGAACAGAAAGCCCCUGGGGAGGAUCAUGUUGAAAGGAGACAACAUCACGCUGCUGCAGAGUGUGUCAAAUUAACCGCUCGGAUUGAGUGGAAUGACGGAAUGUUUGUUUUCAUCGAUGUUUCAUUUUCUUGGAUUUCUUGGUCAGUUUUUGACUUGCGCAGUGCUUAUCCUGAGUAAUGUUUUUCUACCCAAACGAAAUUAAAAGACCGUUUUUGUUUCUUUA